AUGGGAUUUGCUGAGAAUAUUGCAUCAAAGCUUAUGAAUAAGGUGGGGCAUAAAGCAGUAGAUAAGAUAAAAGAGCACCAUGAUAACGCUCAACAUCAUUUUACUAAAAACGUUACAUGUUCGAAUAUUGAAGAUAAGAAUGCAGAGUUGCCUCCUUUGAAGAUUCAAAUCUACACUCACAAUAUUAGACAAGAGACAAAAAAUCUUGCUGAUGGAGAGAAACCAUGGUCUAUCAGAAAGGAAGGUGUGAUUCGAAGUAUCCUUAAAACCACUGAGAAUAUACCUACUUUGGUUGGCUUACAAGAGGUGAAACAAAAUCAGUUGAAUGAUAUACUUGACAAAUUGGGUAGCCACUGGUCAUUCUUUGGGGUGGGUAGAACAGAUGGAAAGUCCAAAGGAGAGUUCUCUCCUAUCUUAUAUAAAAAGGACGAAUGGGAACUUUUGUCUGGUAAAACAUACUGGUUGAGUGAAACUCCAGAUCAUCCAAGUAAAGGCUGGGAUGCCGCAUACGAAAGAAUUGUGACGGUCGUGAUUAUGAAGCACAAGAAACUGGGAAAGAUAGUUAAUUACUUGAAUACCCAUUAUGAUCAUAAAGGCAAAAAGGCUAGAGAAAAUUCAUCAAAGGAGAUUGUGGGGAUCAUGAAUAAGUGCAAGGGAACUAGUUUCUUGUCUGGUGACUUUAAUAGUGAACCAAAAGCUGAAGCCUAUAAGACUCUUUCUCAGUAUUUGCUCGAUACUGCAUGUCACUGCCAAGAGAAAGACGGCUUCCUGAAUACGAUCACCGACUUUAGAGGAAACGGUAAUUCAAGUAUCGAUUUUAUUUGGGUUCCAAAGGGUGUCAAAGUUUUGAAGCACGAAAUAUUAUCUCACGAGUAUAACGGUUACUUAAUCAGCGAUCAUCGUCCCGUCGUAUGUGAAUUCGAAAUUUAA